GUAGAAUUUACACCAAAGGUGAUAAGUAAAUAACAGAUAAUAGGUAAACGAUGAGGAAGAAGAGGGGGAUAAGCCGACUCUCGUCGGCUGCUCUUCACAAUCAUUCAUGUCUCAGACUUUGCAAAGAGAUGACCGGCGUCAAGAUUAACCAUUUUCGUAUACAUAAAAUUCUUCUGCUCGCUUUAGGCGUGUGGCCCUUACAACAAUCAAAUUUCACUCGAUUUCAAUUUAUUUUCCUGUCUAGUAUUUUAACGGCACAUGUGAUAUUUCAAUGUACAGUAUUCAUUUCACAAAAAUGUACUACGGAUCUCAUCAUUAAAGUUUUAUCCUCCGUAGUUUUCUUUACAAUGUUUAUGAUAAAAUACUACAUGUUUUAUGUUAAUAUCAACGGUAUGAAGGACUUAUUGGAACGAUUAUUGCAUGUGUGUAAUGAAUUGAAAGACGAAAAUGAAAUUGCUAUUAUAAAUAAAUAUGGAUGUUAUGGCGUACGUUAUACUAUAUCACUUCUUGUUGCCUUUUGCAGCAUAUCUCUUGUCAUUUUUGCGUUAUUUUGGCCGGAUGUUUUAAAUAUUAUUUUAUCGAUAAACGAGUCAAGAUCGCAUCAUUUGAUAAUCAUGACGGAGUAUUUUAUCGAUCAACAAAAAUAUUUUUAUUUUAUAUUCUUGCAUACUAUUGCAGCGCUUAUUAUUGGGGCGACUGCAAUGGUAGCGAUAGGAACAAUGUUCAUUACGUAUCUUCAACUUGUUUGUGGAAUGUUUAAAAUUGCCAGCUAUCGUAUCAAACGAGCAAUGAGCAACAACAUUCUACAAAAUAUGAAUCAGUUGAAAUACAUUUUCAUAUACAAGGGUUUAAUUUGCGCUGUGAACAUUCAUCGACAAGCUAUGAACUUAUCCACAGUCCUCAUGUUUAAUAUUGAGACAAUGAUGUUAUGUUUAACAAUAUCUGCAGUUUUAUCGGUGAGCUUCAAUCUGUUUCGAGUAAGUCUUCCGUUUUAUUUGUCUGAACUUUUUCAGGUUAUGUCAUUCAAAGAAAAUGUUGAGGAAUUAUUACUGCCUUUUUUAUUCACAUGUAGCCCUAUCUUGUAUAUGUUUCUAGCAAAUUAUAACGGUCAAAUCGUAACAAAUUACAAUGAGCAUAUAUUUAUUACCGUAUAUAACGUUAAAUGGUAUAUAGCUCCAUUAUGUAUACAGAAAAUGGUGCUAUUUCUGUUGCAAAGAAGUUCUAAAAAUUUUAAUUUAAACGUUGGUGGACUGUUUAAUGGAUCUCUAGAGAAUUUUGCAACGCUAAUAAAGGCCUCAGUAUCGUAUUUUACAGUCAUAUAUUCUACUCAAGGAUGAGACGAUAAUCUUUUGAAUUAAAUAUAAUUACG